AUGAGUUCUCAGGAAAUUAGUUUAAAGCUCCUGAAUCGUACCAAAUAUGCUCAAAAUCGCACAAAGUAUUAUACUGUUAGGAACUCUGUUCUUUCUCAGACUGAAAGGCCUCUUUUCAUUACUGGGAGUUUCAAUGACUGUAUUGGUAAUCUAAAAUUACUCUCACUUCGGAAAUCCUACCUCCACCGCCACUCUUCUAAGCGUGGUCCAUUCCAGAAACUGAGUCUUCCUCAUGAAUAUUUUAAGAUUCUCGGCGAACCUGCCUAUUACUCUCAUUCUGAGCUCUUAUAUGCUUGUUCAUAUGCUUCUGAUAAUUUCAUGUGUGAUUCAUACUUCUGGAAACAAAUCUGUGAGAAGAUUCGUGAAGUUAGGGAUGUUAUUGAUAUUAAGGAUUUAUUAUCUUGUUUGUGUAGUAUUGUGAAGGUGAAUUAUUAUGAUAGGGAUUUACUUCGUUUGUUGUCUAGGGAGUUUGUUGAUGAUAUUGAUAAACUUUCAUUUGACGACAUUCAUCAACUUUUAUAUUGUUAUUAUAAACAAAAUGUUUACUCUUGUGACUUGGUUGACAAGGUUGGACUUAAAGUCACUAAACUCAUAAACGCCACUCCAUUAACUCAAAAUUCUGAGAACCAAAACUCCACUUUAUUUGAUAAAAUUAAAGACUUAAUACCCACUAACAAAUCUUCUGAUUCUGAACCCAUAUGUGAAUUGGACUUGAAGACUUUAUCCAGAAUUUCCAAUUAUUUGAGCUACUUCAAGUAUUCUAAUUCUGAUUUCCAUAAUUGCAUUUCUAAUCUUUUCAUUACUUACUGUAAUAGUAUGGAUUUUAUUUCAAGGCUCAAUUUUUUCAACUCAAUUGACCCUAAACUUUUAAUUAACAGCUCAACUAAUAAUAGUUCAACUACAACUAACAAUUUAACUAAUAAUAAAUUAAUUAAUACUUUUUUGAAAUCUAUUGUUAAUGAUUCAAUCUCUUUUAAUCAUGAGAAUUCUUAUGAACUUGGUACUUUUUUAUCAUCUGGGCUCUUUAAAAGCGCUGAAAGUUCUAAACUUCUUCAUGACUUUUGUUCAAUUUCUUCUACAAUCAAGUUGAUUUGUAAUUCUAUAUUACACUUGAGCCAUUUUGAUUUGUAUGGAACUGAUGUAUCUGAUACCCAGUCUCCCUCUCCAAAUCAAACUAAUCCUAUCACUGAGAUCACCACUCGUAUACCUUCGCUUCUAGAAAGGCUUUAUAAAUAUUGUUUCAACACUAUUGAUUUAAUUUAUCAAAUUUCUUCAAACUACACACCUGUUAAAUCUCCUUUUAUUAAAUCACUCGAGAACAUUUUCAUGGACUCUAUUCUCACUAGUAUCAGGACUCUGAACUCUUUUUAUCGACUUCAAGUUCUUGUUCCUUCUGCUUCUCAAAACACUUGUAAACUACUAAGCUUCACCACUGAUGAUAACAAUGUUCACUCUUUAUUUCUAAAGCUUUUUCAUCGAAUUAACAUCACCAGUUCUGACCUUGACUUUAUUUCAAAGGCUUCUCAGUGUUUAAUUAACUUUGAUUGUAAAGGUCAAUCUAUACCAAAUUUAACAUCAUCUUUUGAAAUCUUUUCUCUAAUUCAAUCAACCAAUCAAUCAACUAAUCAGUUGAUUAAAUCUAUUGAUAUUUUAUCUCUUGAGAUUAUUAGACAACUUGUUGAUUUUGAUCGUGAGAGUAUUUAUAGAAUUGCUCUUACACUAAACUUUACCAAUACCAAUUCUCUGUUAAAUCAUUAUAUUUCAUUUUUUCCUAAAAUAACUCGGCGUAAACAUCAUAAACAUCACAUUACUUUGAAUAAUUUAUAA